GGAGAUAAUUGCCCUUUAAUAUGGGGAAAAUGUAAUCAUUGUUUUCAUAUGCACUGUAUAAUGAAAUGGCUCAAUUCUCAACAAACAAAUCCACAUUGCCCUAUGUGUAGACAAACUUGGGAAUUCACUCAAUAAUGCAAACUAAUAAAAAUAAUAAUUUUGAAAAAAUUAAAUUUCUUGGUGAAGGGCAGUUUGCCACAGUAUACCAAGCAAAAGAUUUAAUAUCACAAAAAAUUGUUGCUAUCAAAAAACUUAAAAUGGGCCUUAGAUCUGAUACAGUAGAUGGCAUAAACAGAACUGCCUUAAAAGAAAUUAAAUACUUACAAGAACUUAAUCAUCCAAAUCUCAUUACAUUAUUAGAUGUAUUAUCUGAAAAUACAGUUAUAUCCCUAGUUUUUGAUUUUAUGGAUACUGACCUUGAAGUAAUUAUCAAAGAUAAUACACUUGUUUUAUCACAAGCUGACAUAAAGGCCUAUAUUAUCAUGGCUUUACGAGGAUUAGAAUAUUUGCAUAAAAACUGGAUACUUCACAGGGAUAUUAAACCUAACAAUUUGUUGGUUGAUAGAAAAGGAAUAUUAAAGUUGGCAGAUUUAGGCCUUGCUAAAUAUUUUGGUUCUCCUAACAGAAUUUACACAAAUCAAGUUGUCACAAGGUGGUAUCGUUCUCCUGAAUUAUUAUUUGGAGCAAAAAAUUAUGGUACCUGCAUUGAUAUAUGGGCAAUGGGGUGUGUCUUAGCUGAACUCUUAUUGAGAAUUCCUAUAUUCCCUGGUGAAUCAGACCUAGAUCAAUUGUCCAAAAUAUUUGAGGCUUUAGGCACUCCAAACACUUUAAUUACCUCCAAAGAUUCUAUUAAUAGUCAAUAUUCAUUGGAUAGAGAAAAUUCAUGGUCAGGAGUGGAAAAUUUGCCAGAUUAUAUUAGCUUUAAAAAUUUUCCUGGAACAGCCCUUAGGGAUAUAUUCACAGCAGCAGACAGUAAUUUACUUGAAUUACUAAAAUUUAUGUUUGCCUAUGAUCCAUUAACAAGAUGGGAUUGCACUCAAUGCCUAAAAUGUAACUAUUUUUAUAUGCCACCUAUACCAACUCCCAGCUCCAAAUUACCUAUACCUAAACAUAUUUUACAGCCUUCAGAUAAUACUAAUGGAUUUAAUAAAAUUGUAGGAGCAGGAACUAAACGUAAAAAUGAAGAGCUUAUUGGUAAAAGGCCAGCCAAAAGAUUGUUUGUUGAUUAAAUAUUUUU